AUGCUUCAAACCUUGAGGGAGCAGAAGUUGUAUGCUCAGUUCUCCAAAUGUGAGUUUUGGCUAGAGUUUGUGGCAUUCUUGAGGCAUGUUGUAUUAGGCAAAGGUAUUAAGGCGUAUCCCAAGAAGAUUGAGGCAGUUCAGAGUUGGCCUCGUCCCACUUUGGUGGCUGAGAUCAUGAGUUUUCUGGGGUUAGAAGGUUAUUGUUGUCGGUUUGUACAGGGUUAUUCAUCCAUUGCAGCACCUCUGAAUAGAUUGACCCAAAAGGGUGUUUCGUUCCAUUGGUUUGAUGAUUGUGAGGCAAGCUUUCAGAAGCUCAAGACAGCUUGGACUACAAUACCGGUUCUAGUGUUUCCUUCUAGUUUGGGGAUGUAUACAGUGUAUUGCGACAAUUCACGC